GGUGCAGUGCAAACUCGGUCAUGCGCAGUAGUGUAGUGUACACCACGUGCGUUAGUUGUGUUACUGAAAGUUUACGAUGGGAAGACCAGGUUUUUCUCCGCGUGGCGGCCGAGGAGGAGGCGGUAGAGGAGGAGGAGGUCGAGGAGGUUUUGGAGGCCGUGGUGGCGGUAGAGGUGGUGGAGGAGGAAGAGGAGGAUUUCGAGGUGGUGGACGUGGAGGAGGAAGAGGAGGAGGCAGAGGGGGUGGACGGGGUGGUUUUAAAGGUGGAGCAAAAGUAACCAUAGAGCCGCAUAGACACGAAGGCGUAUUCAUUGCACGUGGAAAGGAAGAUGCAUUGGUGACAAAGAACAUUGUUCCUGGAGAGUCUGUAUAUGGUGAAAAAAGAAUAUCAGUCGAUGGUGUAGCAGAAGGUGACAAGAUUGAAUACAGAGUGUGGAAUCCUUUUCGAUCCAAGCUUGCUGCGGCAAUUCUUGGAGGAAUUGACAAGAUUCACAUGAUGCCUGGUUCUAAAGUGUUAUACCUUGGUGCUGCAUCAGGCACAACAGUGUCUCAUGUUUCUGAUAUUGUUGGACCAGAUGGUCUUGUGUAUGCAGUUGAAUUUUCACACAGAUCUGGACGUGAUCUCAUUAAUGUAGCUAAAAAAAGAACUAAUGUUAUCCCAAUCAUUGAAGAUGCCAGGCAUCCUCACAAAUAUAGAAUGCUUGUUGGUAGUCUUGUUCUUAAGACUUCUGCUUUAAUCGACUGUGUAUUCAAAUCAUUUGCCUUGAGUACAUCUGCGGGCCUUCUGGUCCAAAACUCUCACAGGAUCUCACAUUUUUUAACCUGUUGUUAGGCAAAUUGUAUCGAUUCGACAGCAGAGCCUGCUGCAGUAUUUGCAGGAGAAGUGAAAAAGAUGCAGGCUGAGAAAAUGAAACCUCAGGAACAGUUAACAUUGGAGCCAUACGAGAGAGAUCACGCUGUGGUGGUUGGAAUUUACAGACCUCCACCGAAGAAAGACAAACAGUAGCAUUGUAGGAUUUUAUUGUAACUUAUCUCACAUUUUGAAAUGAAAGUCAUUGAUUUAUCUAUUUCUUAGAAAUCAAACAAACCUUGCAUCUGUGCCAAGUAAAUUCAAGGAAGCAGUUUCUUGUAACAUGAUUGGCAGUGUAUAGGUUUAAGCCUAUCUGAUGCAUGGUGUUUUAUAUGUUAUUGUAAGUUAUGCCUUACUUGAACAUCACACAGUACAGGACAUCUUGGUUUGUUUUUUUCACAUGUGCAUAAUCUAAGCUCAAAUCUGUUAUCAACCUGCAAGCAAACAUGCUUCAUCGAGUGAAUGUUGUGUUUUAUUUACUGUAGUACCCACACAAAGUUUCAGAAUAUGUAAUUUUUACAAGAAAUCUGCAUUUAUAUUGAAUGACUGUGUGGAAAAAUUCUGUCUGGAGGAUUUGUGCAAGAAACGAACAAAAAUCUUACUGUCCAUAACUAGUACAUUGUACUUUUAAGAAUAACUAGAGUGAGUUGUAUUAAAAAAAAAUUAUAUACAUACACUGUAGUUAUAUUUUUUGUGCUAUAGUAAAUGUACAGUUAUAUUUCAAAACUUGGAAUAUGAUGAUUUUAUCAUUUGUCUUCUUAAUAAAAUGUAAGGUGUCCAGUAAUGAACUGCUAGCAUGGUUUUUUGGAUAAAUAUUAGAAAUUAUAGGACUGUAGAGAAAUGAACUUGGAGGGCAACCAAGGUCUCUCAUGUUCGCGCCCCCAGCCGCUCUGGUGAAUUUAGGAUGCCAGAGAAAAUAAUUUGUAGGUUUUUGAUUAUAUUUAGAUGUCCCCAAUUGGUAGAGGGGUGUUUCCCCAUCGGCUAAAUAUUUUGACACGUGAAUAAAGUUUAUGUAUGUAUUAAAAGACGGGAUGUAGGAUAAAAAUAUUUUGGCAGCCUUGGGAUUUGCUUAUUAUUUUGCAGACGGGAUGCGAGAUUUUUAAAAUUGACGGCGGGGUGUAGGAUAAAGAACAGUAACUCACAUGUUACACACGUUACGCGGAGAACUGCGACACUAACCAGGCGGGAUCAGGAUAAACAUUCUGAGAGAAGCGGGAUGGUGGAAUUGAAAAAAACCUAUGUUGGACCCUCUUUACAUAAACUUCUGGUGACAGUUCUUUCUUGAACUUAUUUUGGUAUUUAAACCGCCCUGUUCUGCCCUUUUUUUCCAAGGACUUAUGCGUCCAAUGGCGCGAUGAGGACUGAUGAUUCUGCCCUUUUGAUUUUUGGGGGUCAGAAUUUUGGCUGGUCACGCAUUCCUAGGACGUGACGAGCCAACGCACGUACGCAUGGUAAAGCUACAAUAGUCGCUGUAAGGCCGAAAGGAAAUGUCUUGUCGAGAACAAAAAGUAGCGUUGCCCCGAUGUUUGAAUUUUGAUCUUUUUUAACGUGCAAAACUACUU